AUGCCACCGUCAACCCUUGAAUGGGUCGAAAGGGUCCGUCGAGUGAACAGGCUCGGCGCUUCCCACGCCGGCCAAGGACCUUCCUUAUUGAAUCGUGCACCGGCUCAUGCACCGAUGUCAUUGACAACUCGGUUGCCUAUCGUCCCACCAAGAACACACAAUGUCAAGGAAGGCGCGUUUACGAUAGAUAAUAACAUCAUCAAUAUUCAUGUGUCCGACGGUGAUGAAAGUCGGCGCCCACCACCUGAUCAUUGCGAGAAUGCAAAGUUUUCGGUGUUUAAGCCUGUGGCUCUUGAUGACAAGGUGUCAGUUAGAUGGAGGAGGUCAAUUGGAAGGUAUCUAGCAGUAGAGACUUUAAAGAAAGAUUUGAAUGCCAAAGAGCCAGUAUGGACACUCAAACAAUUUCCAAAAGGAUAUGCAUUAUAUGACCAUCAAACAGGAAGAAUAUUAGAGAAAAAAAAUCCUAGACAUGAUUUUUAUCUUUAUGGACAUACCCAGCGCUUUCGGUCUCCAGAAGAAUUUGUGCUUCAUGUGGAAUGGCUGAUGUGCAAUAUGCCUCUUAAGAGCAAUGGUCAUCCUAAUUGUCGGUGCAAAUAUUGUGGCAAAACGAAGCAAUUGGAUAUCAAUGCCAAGCUUUUAAGGAAAAGGGUUUCCAUUCACAAUAACAAUCACAAUUUAGGAGAAAGAAGAAGAAGAUGA